AUGCUUCCACUACGUUUCAUUCUGUUCGCACAAAUUGCUUCCCGGGCUAUGGCCUCUUUCAAAGGCUCAUACCAGGAGAGUGACAACAUCAAACAAUACCAUCACCGCACCAUCGCCGGCGUACAGGUCAUUGAUACUCCCCUCGUCCGUGCCGCUCAACAGCUGGCUCUAAAACAUAGUACCGAUUGGGCCUACAAGCACAUCAUGCGGUCGUGGCUGUUUGGUACGCUUAUUAUCGACCAUAAUGCCACUCUACGCGAAUCCGCCGACCUUGAGGUCCACGCCAUAGCCGCACUGAUGCAUGACAUUGGCUGGGACCCAACACCCAACUCGCCGUUUGUCAGCAGUGACAAGCGGUUUGAGGUGGAUGGCGCAAUAGCGGCCAGAGAACUUAUUCGCAGCAGCAACGUCAGCACUCAGUGGGACGAUCACCGUGUUCAGCUUGUCUGGGAUGCGAUUGCCCUCCACGCCACGCCCAGCAUCCAUGCUUAUAAAGAACUUGAAGUGGCCAUUACUGCAACUGGAAUAAGUGCCGAUGCCGUCGGGCCAAUUCUUGGAAUUACGAAAGAUCAGUAUGAUGCUGUUGUGAAGGAGUUUCCUAACUUCGACUUGGUGGACGGUGCCAACAAGACCAUGAUAUGGCUCUGCCGGACAAAGCCUCGCACAACGAUUGACACCUGGGUCCAGCCGUGGGGUGAAUACUUUGUGCCUAAUUACACUACAAAAGGGUUUAGAACUAUCGACCAAGCUCUGGGAGGCAAUGUUCCUGAUGCUUAA